GAUACGAGAUGUAUCGUUCGGAAUGACGUCAUGCGCUGAACCGGAAGCUGUUUCGCGUUCUGUGUCUGUGUGCGACAGUGAGCUCGGUGAUACACUGACAGCUGAACGAUACGAUGCAGCAGCGACGCGUGGGAAUGGAAUAAUCUACCGAUACAUACGAGCACAUAAACCUCCCCGAGAGCAGUCGGCGUGGAUUAUGUGUUGAUUCGCUGAGGGCAGUCGUGAUUGUAACACGCUGAUGUCGUUACACGAGCGUUUGUCACGGGAGUGAUCUUCUCGUGGAUCGCAGCCCGGGUUUCAUCCCGUCCUCCGCAGCUGUAACGCCCAUCAUCUGCGGCGGGGCUCCGUCGACCAGUGCCGCUCGUUUAUCCGCACACACCGGGACUCAUGGGGAACAGCACGUCGUGCUGCGUGUCGUCGAGCCCGAAGCUCCGGCGGAACGCGCACUCGAGGCUGGAGCCGUACCGGCCCGAACCGGAGCUGAGCCGCGAGGACACGGGCUGCAACCUGCAGCACAUCAGCGACAGAGAGAACAUCGACGAGCUCAACAUGGAGUACAAUCCUUCAGAACACCCGCGCACCAGCACCAUCUUUCUCAGCAAGUCUCAAACAGACGUUCUUUUACCCAACAAGAAAGUUCGGGAAAAACGGAAAAGUCUGUAUGUCAACCAUUUAACACACAUUGCGGAGUCAAAGCAACAUCCAUCUGGCCCAAUGAGACGCAAGUACAGCUCCUGUUCGACGAUCUUCCUGGACGACAGCACCGUUAGCCAACCCAACCUCAAAUACACCAUUAAAUGUGUUUCCCUCGCGAUAUACUACCACAUAAAGAACAGAAAUGUGGAUGGGCGAAUGCUGUUAGACAUUUUUGAUGAAAAACUUCAUCCGCUUUCAAAAUCGGAGGUGCCGUCAGACUAUGACAAGCAUGACCCAGAACAGAAACAGAUCUACAGAUUCGUUCGUACGCUCUUCAGUGCCGCCCAGCUCACGGCUGAGUGUGCCAUAGUUACUCUGGUGUAUCUGGAGAGAUUAUCAACAUAUGCAGAGAUUGACAUUGGUCCUGCUAACUGGAAAAGAAUUGUUUUGGGUGCUAUCCUGUUGGCGUCAAAAGUGUGGGAUGAUCAGGCUGUGUGGAAUGUUGACUACUGCCAGAUCCUCAAAGACAUCACCAUUGAAGACAUGAAUGAGUUGGAGCGACAGUUUCUGGAGCUGCUGCAGUUCAAUAUUAAUGUUCCAUCAAGCGUCUAUGCCAAGUACUAUUUUGACUUGCGUUCACUUUCAGAGGCGAACAACCUCAACUUUCCCCUUGAGCCUCUCAGCAGAGACAAGGCCCAGAAACUUGAGGCGAUCUCCAGGCUUUGUGAUGACAAAUAUAAAGACUUGAGAAAAGCAGCCAAGAAGCGCUCAGUGAGCGCGGAUAACCUGACGGUGGUCAGAUGGUCGCCGGCCAUCAUAUCCUAAUAACUGUGGACAUUGGGGACUUUCACGAGAGACUGAGAGAAAAAGACUGUUAGAAGAAGCGUUCUCUAAGAGGACACAUACGUGCUUAAUACCUCCACAAGACUCUUGAGCCAGAGGUUUUUGUUCUAAAGAGUGUCCUUGCUGGUCAUACGGCUGCUGUAUAUACAAGACACCCACACAAAGAUCACUUUCCAACCUGUGGCUUAGAGAAGAGAGGAGGACACUGCUACUACAGUUCAGAAAAAAAAACAAAAAAACUGGAG